AUGAAAUUUGGAGCGAUACAUUUAUCAUUAUGCAUGCUGAUAAUGCCGGUUAUUGCAUGUCAACAACGGCAUAAGGAUAAAGAUGAUGCAUACGUUGAUUUAAUCCCAUUUAAUUUAAUACCGGAAAGUUGUACUAUGGAUUCCUACUAUGGCUAUGGAAUCGUGGAUGGAAGCCUGGAAAAAUGUGAUAAGUAUUCAGAAGCUAAAGGUGGAGGUGAAGAGUUUAGUUCCGAAUAUGAAGAAAUCAAAUGUCGUACAUUGAGAGUGCAUGGCAGAGUGAAAAAUGACAAAUGCGAAUGCAAGCCCGGAUGGAAGGGGCCAAUUUGUAACGAAUACUACGGUUGCCCUACUGGUUUCUCCCUCUACAAUAGCGUAUGUACACCUAAUUCAUGCCAACAUAAUGGAACGAUCGCUAUUGGCUCAAAACAGAUUGAAUGCAUUUGUCGAGCCCCAUGGGACGGUCGGAAUUGCGAACGACUUGCGUGUUGGCGAAUGGCCUCGAAAGAGCAUGAAAGGAGAUGGCGUAAUGCGGGUGACAAAUGUCGUUGUGCCGAUGAAUAUGAAGGCGAUAACUGUGAUAAGAUUAUCAAAUGUAGAAAUGAUGGUGAAAUUGUUGAUGGAAGGUGCAAUUGUAAGGAAUCAUUCUAUGGUGAAAUCUGCGAGAAGAAAUGUCCUGAAAAUCAAACAUGUGGUACGAUAGUUGUUUGGUUUUCACCGGCUGUCACAUUUUUAGCAUUUCUAUGUUUUUGCUUAAUUCGAUUGUAA